UAUCUGCUCUAAAAGGCGUCUCUGGUGCUGUUUUUGGGCCGGGUUGCCUUAUUUGUGUCUCUUCUCUGUAAACAUAGGUCUUACCGACAGUGUUGCACUCUUUAAAACGACAAGUUUUCCGACGAAAACAAAGCAACGCUACACGGCAAAGUUUGAGUAUAAAGAGGGAGGGGGGCGGAACUCAGUGGUACUGGUGCCAGGAAUUUUUCCCGUGUUUUUGUCGUGAUAAUCUGAACCAGGUUAAAAGACGGGACUUCUGUUCUUAAGGAGGAGGGUCAGAGACGUCUUGAGCAAGCACAUGUCCCAGACAAGAUGACACAUAACGAAGACAGGACGCAUUGGUUAAAGGAGGGGCUCAUUGGUUUAGGAGUCGGUGUGCUAUACGGCACCACCAGUGUCACAGUGGGCCAUCCUCUGGACACCAUCAAGACCAAAAUGCAGGCACAGGCAGGCUUCGAGAAAGGUGGAGCCUUCAGGACGUUGAUAAAGGUUCUACGUACACAAGGCAUUGUGGGCCUCUAUAGAGGCUGCAUCCCUCCACUCUGGGGCUCGGGGAUUUUCAGGUCAACCCAGUUUGCUGUAUUUGAGGCCGUAUACACUUACAUGGACAACAGCUUUGGGAAAUAUGAACUACCCAUGACUGGAGGCCUGCAAGUGAGAGUGUGUGUAGCUGGAGCCUGUGGUUCCACAGCAAGGGCAAUCAUAGAAUGUCCUUUGGAGUUAGCCAAGAUAAGAAGACAGACGGGACAGUCAUGGCAGUUCUCCGGUAUUUACAAGGUGAGUUUCUUUUAA